GUCCGCUGCAGCGGUCGGGCGCUGUGAUUGGCUGAUGCUGGGAGGUCACAUGACCGGAGUCCGCGGGAAGAUGGCGGAGCAGGCAGGCGCCUCGCCCGAGGACCCGUGGGGGAAGGUGGAUUCUGCAUACAGUGACAGUGGACUGGAUCCCUCGCUCUUUGUGGAAAGCACUAGGAAAGGAAGCAUAGUAUCCCGAGCUAACAGCAUUGGCUCCACCAGUGCCUCCUCAGUCCCCAAUACAGAUGAUGAAGACAGCGAUUAUCACCAGGAAACCUACAAAGAGUCAUACAAGGACCGGCGCAGACGCGCCCACACCCAGGCCGAGCAGAAGAGACGAGAUGCCAUCAAGAAAGGCUACGACGACUUGCAGGCCAUCGUUCCCACAUGCCAGCAGCAGGACUUCUGCAUUGGCUCCCAGAAACUGAGCAAAGCCAUCGUCCUGCAGAAAACCAUUGACUACAUUCAGUUCCUCCAUAAGGAGAAGAAGAAGCAGGAGGAGGAAGUUUCUACACUCAGGAAAGAUGUCACAGCUUUGAAGAUCAUGAAAGUAAACUAUGAGCAGAUUGUGAAAGCUCAUCAGGAUAAUCCAAAUGAGGGGAAAGACCAGGUCUCUGACCAAGUCAAGUUUAAUGUUUUCCAAGGCAUCAUGGAUUCACUGUUCCAGUCCUUUAAUGCCUCCAUCUCAGUAGCAAGUUUUCAGGAACUUUCAGCCUGUGUCUUCAGCUGGAUUGAAGAGCACUGUAAGCCACAGACUCUGCGGGACAUCGUGCUUGGGGUUCUGCAUCAGCUGAAGAAUCAGCUCUACUGACUGCUCUCCCUGCUAGUGCCCCAGCAGCAUGGGCCUGCGUUCUUCAUCCAUACUGCUACGGGGUACCGCCAGCAGGGAGGGAGUUGGGAAACAGACUCCAGGAAUGGCUGGUCUGUUUCCCUUGUGGUUGUUAAAGCUUCUCUCUGGAUUAUUUAUUGUAUUGACCAAAAACCAAAACUGGGCUUAUGUACCUCUCCACAGAUCUUGUCACAGUCUGUAGCAUCAGAGGGUGUGUAGGGACUCAGUCGGCAGAGAAGGGAGUUUAGAUGUGGAUUAAAUACACUUCUCAUUGCCCCAAAGGAAGGCAGUAGAGGCUGUCUCACCCAAACUGGCAUGGCAGUGAAUGGGCCUUGCCUGAGCCCCUGACUCUUUGCAAGAGUGGCAGUAGCUCAGCUGGUGGGAGGGAUCUGCUUUGUCUUAUUGGGAUCCAGGAAGUGCUAAAGGAUCCCCCCCAGCCUAAGAGAGGAGUCCACAGGACCUGGAAAACCAUAUAAUUACGGGGGACAACUAAUGAACAACAGGGACAGGAGUGUGGUGAAAGGGUCAAAUGAAGGGAACCGGACAGGGACACCGAGCAGAGAACCCCGGACAACGCCCACUGCUCCUCAAAGGCGUCAAGGGAGUCAGUGGACGCCGCCCAGAGGAACUCUGCCCGGAUACGUGAAUGGACGGAGGAUCGGAAAUAGGCCCCACAGUCAAAGGAGACUCCAUCGACCAGCCUCCUCACCCUGGUUUUAUAGAUGCCACUUUAGCAAGGGCCAGGAGGAGGUUGACCAGGAGGUCCCGUGACUUAGUGGGGCCACAGAUAGGGAGUGCAUAGAUAAGGAGGUGAGGGAAAAAGUGCAACCAAAAUCUUAACAAAAUAUUUGUGAGGAGCCGGAAUAGGGGCUGCAGCCUGGUGCACUCCAGGUAUACGUGCGCCAGGGUUUCCCUCAUGCCGCAAAAGGGGCAGUGUCCAGGAUUGGGGUGAACUGUGCCAAGUACACACCCGUGCGAGAGCCGCCAACCAGUAUCCCCGGCGGGUCUCGGGACCAGGGUGGAAUAUAGGCCGGCCCACCGGGGCUGGGGAUCUGCUUUGUAGUCGGCAGAUUGUCCUGCUCCCUGUGGUGGGGAAUGGCCUGGAGUCUAACUACUGCCUGGUCAUCUUAGCACUGCACAUCUACUGCCUGCUGGGAUGCAUACCCUGAAAACCACAGAGCCUGGGCAUGAGCUGUAGAACAGAUGGAACACAGGCUCUUCCCCCCACCCCAGAGCCAGUUGCCACAUUAGGAUUAAAGACUUUGGCUGGGUUAUGAACCCUCCUGCACCAGGCAAAAUGAUCUCUACUAAAGGGGGAUAGGAAGAAGCUUCCCUUGGGACAGGUUCUCCCAUCUCUGCAAGCUUUCUUGCACCUUCUUCUGAAGCAGCUGGUUCUAGUUACCGUUGAGAUGGGUUCUGGACUAGCAAUUCCUAUGGGCCUCAAUCCCGAUGGUCUAGUUCUGUCUAGGGAUGGAAGGCUGCUUGCUUUACUGGUGCAGAAUGACUUUCCAAAAGGCCAUACAAAGGAAGCUGGGUGGGUUGGCCCCUCACUGCCACAAGGAGAGUCACUUAAUCCCAGUGCUGAAUGGACUCUCCUUCUUGUGCAGAUGACCAUGUUCUCGAGCCUCUGCUUGAGGCAGCUGCUGACUUGGCCUUUUCAACUCUAGCCACAUUUCCUAAACAAUUAAACAUGAGUGCAGCUUUCGCUACAGCCUUCUCCAAUUUUAUCGGCACAGAGGCUGAUCUCUGUCAGGCUUUAUAUGAUUUGGCACUUUCUGAUGAAGUCACACUGUGUGGGAAAGUAGAAUAGUGUAGCACAGAGCUGCUGUGGAUACUAAGUAGACGUCUACUCUUGUUUAGAACUAUAGUUUUAUAUAUAAUAAAGCCUUGAUUUUUGUAAUGCAUUGAAAAAAAUCACACUAACGUUAUCAGUUUACGUUUUGCAGACAGCUGCUUGUCUGGGACAAUUUAAAUGAGUUACACCCUGUUUCAUUCACUGUAGCCCUUCAGGUCUCUUAAAGCAGAUGGCAGCUGUCUGCUAAAGCAGCCAUGGUGUUUUACUACUCAGACAAGUUUCAGAGUAGCAGCCAUGUUAGUCUGUAUUCAUAAAAAGAAAAGGAGUACUUGUGGCACCUUAGAGACUAACAGAUUUAUUGGAGCAUAAGCUUUCAUGAGCUACAGCUCACAUCAUCGGAUGCAGUUGAUGAAGUGAGCUGUAGCUCACGAAAGCUUAUGCUCCAAUAAAUUUGUUAGUCUCUAAGGUGCCACAAGUACUCCUUUUCUUUUUACUCAAACAAGGUGACACUAUUGGAAUUACCCCAACAGAGCGACUCUCUUACAACAGCAUUUGUCGAUUUUCAAUUAUGUUCCUACCACACUUCUAAAAAUCCCGUGUUAGUGACUGUUGUGCGUUUCCUUCAGUUUGGGUCUGGUAGUUUCUCAGUGCUGCCUGCCUUUCAAACACUGACGCAGUGGCAUAAUGUUUAAACUGCUGUUUCCAUUUAAUCAAGGAAAUAUUCCUGUUGGUCUUGGAUUUUAUAAAACACAGCACUUCUACAAAGCCUGCAUUGAGUGUCCCUGUUGGUCCAAAUGCAGCAUACAGCCCCUAGGAAGUUCAAGAGUUUGUUUGCAGCAACAUGCCUUACUGCUGAAGUGAAUUGCACACAACAGGGGCAGCUACCUCUAUGGCCGUACUCAAGCACAGAUGUGUAACUCUUGUAAGAUGUUGCUUUGCUGUAAGGAAAGCACCCUGUUUGCAGAAGCAGUAGCCUGUGCUGUUUACUAAUAAGUGGCAUGUGUAUUUCUCGAAGGACAUUGCUUUUUACAGACCUCACUCAGGUGGAAAUGAAAUAUUUUUCUAUCAUGAAAAGUAAUUAUAAUAAAUUUUUGCUAAGCGUUUUAA